UGCGUAUACCGUAUGGUAGUUUAGUUUCGUAGCAGAGCUAGCCCAAGGACCUACAACGCCAUGGACUUCUACUAUCUUCCUCUAUCUGCGCCUUGCCAAUCGGUGAUGCUAGUCGCCCAGGCUUUGGGUAUUAAGUUGAACCUAAAAGAACUGGACCUGUUCGCCGGGGAGCACCUGAAGCCGGAAUUUUUGAAGCUCAACCCGCAACAUACCAUCCCGACGCUAGUGGACAAUGAUGUGGUGCUGUGGGAAUCCCGGGCAAUCAUCACGUACCUGUGUGAAAAGUAUGGCAAGAACGAUGGCCUGUACCCGCGUGAUCCGAAGAAGCGCGCCAUGGUGAACCAGCGGCUGUACUUUGAUAUGGGCACACUGUACCAACGGUUUUCGCAGGCCUUCUAUCCGGUGAUGAUGCAAGGCCAGCAGCUAAACCCGGAACUGGUGGUAAAGCUGGACGAAGCACUCGAGUUUCUCGAAGUGUUUCUCGAAAAGACGAGCUUCGUGGCGGGCGAUAAGCUGACCGUGGCGGAUUUGUGCGUUCUGGCAAGCAUCACCACGAUCGACAUCUCCGUCGGCCAUGACAUCAGCAAGUACCAGCAGAUUCAGCGCUGGUACGCCCAGUUGAAGGAAUCGGUUGGCGGAUAUCAAGAAAUCUGCCACGAUGGGGCCGUCAAGUUCCGCGAACAUUUCAACUACACUCGUCAGUGAGGGGGAAACGCGAGUAAUAAAGCGAGAACCAUUUCAGAUUUGGUUUCAGAACACUG